AAUUCUUUAUUGGAUAUAAGCAAAAUAAUUACAGUUAAAUAAUUUUAGUACUGACUUAGUUUGAAUGUUUAUUAAAUUUAAUAAUUUACUCAUCUAAACUGUACAUUAACCUGGAAGUUAAUAGUUACCUAACAUUGACAAAUGUUAUAAAAUUGCUGAUUUAUCAAGUUCCGUGGUAAAUAGUUAAUUUUCUUCUCAUUGUACAUAGUAAACAUUUAGGUUGCUGUUUGAUUUCCCAGUGUGCUGGAUUUAAGAUACAAAUAACUUAAAUGGAAGUCAAUUGGUUGUGCACAUAGAGGAAAUGAAUCCCAUGCCAACAAUUCAUAAAACUUUAAAUUACUAAUCCACUACACUUGUCAGUCCAAGUCCAUCUACGUAGGAAUUUCUCAAAUAAACAAACAUAGAUAAUUCACUGUUUUGUUCUGUAGAAAGCCAAAACUAGCUAACGAUACGCAUAUUAAUAAUUUGCCAGACAUUUAGCUGUUGAGUAUCUUAUGUGAGACAGUUAAUAGAUACUUAACAUUUCAGUUACAAAGCUAAUAAAAAAUGGUUAAUAUUAUAGCAGAAUAACAAGUAAUCACUUAACGUAUUUAUGUAAUGAAUUGACAAUUCGUUAGGUAAAUAUGUUAAUUUAAUUUAAAAUUAAUUAAAAUUUAAUUAAAAAUCAGUUUUAAAUUUACCAUUACCAAAAUGUUAGUUCAUUUCGAAAACAACAAAUUGAAUAGUUCAUAAUUUAGCCAUUAAUUUUCAAGAACCGGUCCAGUUUGAGCGCAAAAACUGGUGCUGAUGGUUUAAUCAGUUUUCAGCAACUCAUCACUCCUGUAAGCAGGACAGGUAUUAAUCAAACAUCCUGCACGUUAUACAGAGAAAUCUCAAAUAUUAAACGGCCAUUUAAAAACUACAAAUGAAUCCAAUUCUCAAGCAGCAACAGGCCUAGCAUUGCCUGAAUAGGCAGGGGGAAGCAAAAACUCAAACGUGAGUACUUGGCAUUGUAAUAUCCAGGGCUUCAGAUCUGUUUCCCUAAUUUUGAUUCAAAAAGGGCAUAAAUGGGCUCUCAGGCUCGGCAGAGAAACGCGAUUAUUCAUUAAGCCCUGAAUUUUGCUGCUAACUGUAAGAUAGAACUGGUAACUUGUCCAGCGUGUGUUCACUGGGAGAAUCAUUUGACGAUGUACCAGGUACUGGGUGAAUGGUUCGCUCAGAUAACCCGAACUGACAAACGCUGGCACGCCUGCUAAACAGGAAGGAAUUGGGUUCAGCAAGUAUCCCAUAUCAACAAGGCAUGGGACAAGUCCUCUGAAAGGAUUGAGUAAGCAGGUCGGGGUUGGCGGGAAGGGCGCAGAGCUUGUAAGCUCCUUCCAUGGCAGAUGAAGACGAGGAUGACGCAUGGGCCCCCGCAGAGGGGCGCCGGCAACAAACAAGGGAGCAGAGGAGGGUCCAGGCCACUGAGGAUGAAGAGAGCGUCAGCUCUGAGAGCACACGCAGCGUGGAGGAAGAGACGGAAGAAGCGUUGUCUUGGCAGACCUUCUGUGGGAACGCCUGGAAGAAGCUGGUCUGGGGAACUCUCAUCGCAUCGAUAAUCUUCACCAUUGUUGUGGUCAUCCUGAACAUUCAGAGCAGCCAGCUCAAUCAACACUACACCCAAAAGAAGACCGCCCUCGACAAUGUCCGUAGCAGCUACACACGGGCUGUGGGCGCCGUCGGGCAGAAUGCCUCACAUUCACAGUGCAGCCGCUACGAGAAAACCUUCCUCAACUGGCUCCGGUCUUUCUGCAGGAUUGUCAACUGCACCAGCGAACUCUGCCACAGGUCCUGGAUGCCGUUCGCAGGCAACUGCUACUUCUUCUCGCUGAGCACCUUGGGCUGGGAGGAGAGUCGGCAGGCCUGCAUCAGCCUCGGCUCUGAGCUGCUGGUGGUCCGAAGUGAGAAGGAACAGCAAUUUGUGGCGGAGCACAACGCCAGCCGCGCCUACUGGGUCGGAAUCAAGGACAGCCCGCUGGAAUUGACGUGGACCUGGGUGGACGGAACGGUCCUGAAAGACGACUUAACGUUCUGGGACAAAGAUUAUCCCGACAGUUACUUUGACUACGAACUGGAGGCGUUCAAGAACUGUGUCUUCCUACGCGGCGGAGCCUGGGCCAACGCCGUGUGUGCACGGGCUAACUACUGGAUCUGCAAGCGGAGGUCGGAGACGCCACUUAUCAAGCUAUGAUGAAAGCUUCCUGCUCCUCCCAUCAAACCAUGCGGAAAGCAGCCACCUCUCAACCUGACCGAGGCACGGGGGCCACGGAGUGGUGUGUCAGGAGUUCCCGGUUGGCGGACGAAUGGGAGCGUUUGACAUUUGUUUCCCAGUUUUUUUUUGCUCGUGCUUCUAUUUCUUGUUCUCCCCCUCAGUUUUGAAUCCCGAAAGAUGUUCGGUCGAGAGGGAGGGAUGGGGGAAGAAUGAAUGUAUUCCUUCUCGGAGUCUUCCAACCCGCAGUGGAAGUCCAGCUC